AUGCUCACAACAAACAAAGUAGCCUAUACCUUUGAUCGCAUUUUCAAAGAAGAAACCACACAGCAAGAAGUAUAUCAAAGUGUUGCAGAACCUAUCCUCGAAGACGUAUUAAAGGGGUUUAGCUGCACAAUUUUUGCUUAUGGACAAACAGGCACAGGCAAGACAUACACAAUGGAAGGCGAUUUAAGGCAAUCAGUGAGAGGCAGUGCAGCCAACAAUGCAGGUGUCAUUCCACGCACUAUUUACAAUCUAUUUCGCAUACUUGAUAAACAAGAAAAAGAGGCUCAUGUCACUGUAUCUAUGCUAGAGCUUUACAAUGAAGAAUUACGUGACCUUCUUAGUGCCGAAAAUGAUCGAACAGAAGUAAAAAUUCUCGACAAUGGCAGUAAUGUGAUAGUCAAGGGGGUCAAAGAUCACCCUAUCAUCACUGCUGAAGAUGGCCUUGAGAUCAUGAAAAGAGGUGUCAAGAAGCGUAUGACAGCUGCAACGAAUUGCAAUGAAAAAUCAAGUCGAUCCCAUUGUAUUUUCACCAUUACAGUCAAUCAACCCUUUCGAAAAUCAACUGGUGAAGAAGUGAUUUUGACAGGCAAAUUAAACCUGGUAGAUCUGGCUGGUUCAGAGAAUAGCAGGACAUCUGGCUCAGAGCACAUUCGUGCACGUGAAGCUGCCAAUAUCAAUCGCAGUUUACUCACCCUUGGAAGAGUGAUCAAUUGCCUCGUAGACCAAACACAACAUAUACCCUAUCGCGAAAGUAAAUUGACUCGACUCUUGAAAGAUUCACUUGGAGGACGUACCAAGACGUGUAUCAUUGCCACUGUUGCACCUGGCCAACAAAGUCAAGAAGAAAUUCGGAGUACUUUAGACUAUGCUAGUCAUGCUAAAGGCAUAUGUAAUCGACCAGAAAGCAACAUGCCAUUCAGUCGUGAACUGCAUUUGGCUUCACUUAUGGAUACAAUCAAAGGACUUCAAGAUGAACUA